CUUACAAAGACUUUAUUAAGGCCAUGGAGGCACAGAUACAGAACUUUGGACAGACGCCAUCUCAGUUGCUUAUUGAGCCACAUCCGCCUCGGAGCUCUGCCAUGCACCUGUGUUUCCUUCCACAGAGUCCACUCAUGUUUAAAGAUCAGAUGCAGCAGGAUGUUAUAAUGGUGCUGAAAUUUCCAUCAAAUUCUCCUGUCACACAUGUGGCAGCCAACACGCUUCCCCACCUUACCAUUCCUGCAGUGGUAACUGUGACUUGCAGCAGACUUUUUGCAGUGAAUAGAUGGCACAACACAGUAGGCCUCAGGGGAGCCCCAGGAUAUUCUUUGGAUCAAGCCCAUCAUCUUCCCAUCGAAAUGGAUCCAUUGAUUGCCAAUAACUCUGGUGUGAACAAACGGCAGAUCACAGACCUUGUGGAUCAGAGCAUCCAGAUCAAUGCACAUUGUUUCGUGGUCACAGCAGAUAAUCGCUACAUUCUUAUCUGUGGCUUCUGGGACAAGAGCUUUCGGGUUUAUUCUACAGAAACAGGAAAAUUAACUCAGAUUGUUUUUGGCCACUGGGAUGUAGUUACUUGCCUUGCCAGAUCAGAGUCCUAUAUUGGUGGUGAUUGCUAUAUUGUCUCUGGAUCUCGUGAUGCUACAUUGCUUCUUUGGUAUUGGAGUGGCCGACACCAUAUUAUAGGAGAUAAUCCAAAUAGCAGUGAUUAUCCUGCUCCUAGAGCUGUUCUAACUGGUCAUGACCAUGAAGUUGUCUGUGUAUCGGUCUGUGCAGAGCUGGGACUUGUUAUCAGUGGUGCUAAAGAAGGUCCUUGUCUGGUACACACAAUUACUGGAGAUUUGCUGAGAGCACUUGAAGGGACUGAAAACUGCUUGUACCCUCGCUUAAUUUCAGUAUCUAGUGAAGGCCACUGCAUCAUCUACUAUGAGCGAGGACGGUUCAGCAAUUUCAGCAUUAAUGGCAAACUGUUAGCUCAGAUGGAGAUCAAUGACUCAACCAGGGCCAUCCUCCUGAGCAGUGAUGGACAGAACCUGGUGACUGGGGGGGACAAUGGAGUAGUGGAAGUGUGGCAGGCUUGUGAUUUUAAACAGCUCUAUAUUUACCCUGGCUGUGAUGCUGGCAUAAGAGCAAUGGACUUGUCUCAUGAUCAGAGAACUCUGAUUACUGGCAUGGCUUCUGGUAGCAUUGUAGCUUUUAAUAUAGAUUUUAAUCGGUGGCAUUAUGAGCAUCAGAACAGAUACUGAAGCUUAAUGAAGAACUGAAAGCCAAGGUAAAGCUGAGAGCACAAGUGCUACAAUGAAAGGCGUAAUCUCUGGUGGAAAAACACGUCUGCAUUGACCUCCGUUGUACAUUCCAUUACACCCAGCAAUAGCUGUACAUUGUAGUCAGCAACCAUUUUAUUUUGUGUGUUUUUUCACAACUGAACACCAGCUGCUGAAAAGCAAGCUUGUAUCAUGUAAAUUAUAUGAAUUAGGAGAUGUUUUGGUAAUUAUUUCAUAUAUCUUUGUUUAUUGAGAAAAGGUAGUAGGAUGCGCCACAAGAGACUUUUGAAAAUUCUGAGGAACCUUGUGAAUGUCCAGUUGUUACAAUGUUUAGUCUGUGAAUCUAACAUGCAUCCCAUUUCCAGUCUCUUUUCAAGCUGAGAAAAAAAAAUAUGUUUGAUACUUUGUACAUCAGAUGCACAUCUUAACUUUGAAGGGAUACUUUUGUAAAAGUAAAACCUUGUAUAAAGAACAAAAAUGUUUCUUAAUUUUAUUGUGGAGUUACAACUUGCAUGUACUUUAAACCUGAUGUCUUGAUGGAACAGGGGUAUUCACACAAAUCAAACUGGAGAUCUGUCUAAGGGUACAGCUUGCAUUAAAGGGUUGAAUUUGGGUGCAAUCAGUAAUUUUGACAUUUUCACCAAAAUAUGUUUUUCACUUUUUAAAUCUAAACUCAUUCUCUUCCAAGUGGAGUUUUGCUCAUGAAGUAUUUGGAUAAGAAGCCAUCAUUUGCCAUACUUACACAAUGAAAGUUCGCAAAAAGAAAAGGAGUACUUGUGGCACCUUAGAGACUAUUUGGAGAGGAAGAUGAUGUCUGUCUGUAUCUGUGCGAGUUUUUUCAUGAAGUUGACAGAUUUCCACUCUAU